UCAUAUGAAGAUCUCAAAUCAAAGUGCAUCUUUUAUUCUUUCCCUUUUAUACCCCACUCAAAAUUUUGCCUACUUAAACUCCCAAACCUCUCUACACUCAUUCAUCCUACCACCGUCUCUCACUUUCUCUCUCUAACUUUCUCUCUCAUUCAAACUGUUUUCUCCAUUAUUUUCAUUUGGGUCUUGAAAGAAAGAAAAAAAAACUAGUGAUGUCUUCAGAGGAGCAAAAGAACAUGGGAGGUGAAAAGGUGCAGAAAAGCUACUUUGAUGUUGUGGGUUUGUGUUGUUCUUCGGAGGUUCCUAUGAUUGAGAACAUCCUCAAACCACUCGAAGGAAUCAAACAGGUUUCCGUCAUCGUACCUUCUCGAACAGUCAUAGUUGUCCAUGACACUCUUCUCAUUUCACAGCUUCAAAUUGUUAAGGCAUUGAAUCAAGCAAGACUAGAGGCUAAUGUUAGAGUGUAUGGAGAUGAAAAGCACAAAAAGAGAUGGCCAAGUGUAUACUCAAUGGCUUCUGGUUUGUUGCUGGCACUAUCAUUUCUGAAAUUUGUGUACCCACCAUUCAUAUAUCUUGCACUUGGAGCUGUGGCUGCUGGAGUUGUUCCUAUUAUCUUGAAAGCUUUUGUCUCCAUUAGGAAUGUAAGAGUUGACAUCAAUAUUCUCGUCAUCAUAGCAGUUAUUGCGACAAUUGCUAUGAAAGAUUAUUUGGAAGCAGGAACCAUUGUUUUCCUCUUCUCAAUUGCAGACUGGUUAGAGUCAAGAGCUAGUCACAAGGCUAAUGCAGUAAUGUCGUCGCUGAUGAGCAUUGCUCCUCAAAAGGCGGUAAUAGCAGAAACCGGAGAGGUUGUUGAUGUUGACGAGGUGAAAGUCAACACGGUUUUGGCAGUUAAAGCUGGGGAAACUAUACCAAUAGACGGAGUAGUUAUAGACGGUAACUGUGAAGUCGAUGAAAAAACAUUGACAGGUGAAUCGUUCCCUGUAGCUAAACUGAAAGACUCCACUGUAUGGGCGGGCACAAUCAACUUAAAUGGUUAUAUCAGUGUGAUGACCACUGCAUUAUCUGAAGACUGUGUGGUUGCGAAAAUGGCAAAGCUAGUGGAAGAGGCACAGAACAGCAAAACCAGCACACAGAGGUUGAUUGACAAGUUUGCGAAGUUUUAUACACCAGGUGUUGUAAUCAUAGCAACACUUGUAGCAGUGAUUCCGCUUGCAUUAAAAGUACAUAACGAGAAAUACUGGCUUCAUUUUGCACUGGUUGUUUUGGUAAGUGCAUGUCCGUGUGCACUUAUCCUUUCAACACCAGUUGCGACUUUUUGUGCUUAUACGGCAGCUGCUACAUCCGGUCUUUUGAUCAAAGGGGGUCAAUCUCUUGAAACACUGGCGAAAAUUAAGAUCAUGGCUUUUGACAAGACGGGCACCAUAACAAAGGGUGAAUUUGCGGUGACAAAUUUUAAAUCUCUUUCAGAUGACAUUGAUUUAAACACACUGCUUUACUGGGUGUCGAGCAUUGAGAGCAAGUCAAGCCACCCAUUGGCAGAAGCAAUUGUUGAUCACGGAAGGUCUCUCUCCAUUGAACCAAAUCCGGAAAAGGUGACAGAAUUUGAAAACUUUCCUGGAGAAGGAAUCUAUGGAAAAAUUGAUGAGAGAAUUCUCUACAUUGGAAACAAAAAAAUCGCUACCAGAGCAGGAUCUAAAUCAGCAGUUCCGACCUUAGAAGGUGAAGCUGAUGGAGGAAAGACUGUUGGCUAUAUAUACUCAGGACCAACCCCAGUUGGGAUUUUCUCGCUAUCUGAUACUUGUCGGUCAGGGGUUCAGGAGGCAAUAAGGCAGCUGAAGUUGUUGGGAAUCAAAACCGCUAUGCUCACUGGAGAUAGCCAAUCAGCUGCAAUGCAAGCACAGGAGCAGUUAGGUGGAGCCCUGGAGUUAGUCCAUGCGGAACUUUUGCCAGAGGGCAAAGUAAAAAUCAUCUCUGAAUUUAAAAAGGAAGGUCCAACAGCGAUGCUUGGAGAUGGUUUAAAUGACGCACCUGCAUUAGCUUCAGCUGAUAUUGGAAUCUCAAUGGGGAUUUCAGGUUCUGCACUGGCAAGUGAGACUGGUGACAUCAUUCUUAUGUCGAACGACCUUAGGAAGAUACCAGAAGCCAUUAAGCUCGCCAGAAAAUCUCGAAGGAAAGUGAUAGAAAAUAUUGUAUUAUCAGUCAUUACGAAGCUUGCGAUUCUUGGUUUGGCUAUCGCUGGUCACCCGAUUGUUUGGGCAGCAGUUCUUGCCGAUGUUGGGACAUGUCUGUUGGUUAUCUUAAACAGCAUGUUACUUCUGCCAAGAAGACACAAGCAUGGAGGAAAAAGUUGUAAAUCGUCCACUAAACAUCAUGUCCACAAAAAUGGAUGUGGCGAUACUAACGACUGUUCCUCUCAUCAUCACCAUCACCAUCAGCAUCAACAUGAGCAUGAACAUCAGCAAGAAAAUCAUCACCAUCACCAUCAGCAUGAGCAUGAACAUCAGCAUCAACAUCAACAUCACGGCCAUAAGCAUUGUUGCUCAAACAAGGCUGAGCCCCAGAAGCAUGCCUCUAAAUCAUGUUCAUCAAAAAGUCCACCCUGCCCUUCAAAUCCAAGUUUAAGUGGAAGUGUUAACCAUCUCAAAAACACGGAGAAUCAUGAUCAAUGUAAGGGAAGUGAUAAAUCACAUGAAUCAGAUCACUGUCAUCAUGGAAGAUGUGACAAGAGUCAAGAUGAAGUCCAGAAGCAUGAUAUUGAAAACAAGAACGUCACAGCUUCGGUAAAAAGUCAUGGUCAUUGUCUGGGACACAAGUCCCAUGGGACAAAACACUGCCACAACCAAAACAUUGGCAUGGUUACUCAUGAUAGCACUUCACUUAGUUCUCCCACCCAUCUCACUCUCUCUGAUAAAAAACAAAGCCAACAAUCAAGCCAGCACUGCCACUCGAAUCAUGGUUGUGAAAAUCAGCACGACCAUGGAACCAUUUAUGAGAUUCAGCAUCAGAAACCAGGUUGUCAUUCUGAUAACCAUGGUUGUGAAAAUCUGCAUGACCAUGGAGCCAUUCAUGACAUUCAGCAUCAGAAACCACGUUGUCGUUCUGAUAAACAUGGUUGUGAAAAUCUGCAAGACCAUGGAACCAUUCAUGACAUUCAGUAUCACAAGUCAGGUUGUCAUUCUGAUUUUAAGAAGCAUGGGACAAGUGAAAUAUCCAUUAAUAUCAUCGAGGAGCUUGGUGAAACAGCAUCGAAGCACGAUUCUUCAAGUUUGGCAGAAAAAGAAAAGGAUUCAUGUAAAGACUGCUCCAAAACAUGUGAGAACUUGCCUGUUGAGUGUGGGGGCUGCGAAGUUUCAAUCGAGAAAGAAGUUAGUUCAUGUUGCUAUAACGAAGGUUGUUCAAAGGAAUCGAUCGAAUCGUCAAUUGCGCAUGCUUGUAAUAACUUGGACAAGAGAGUAGUUGGUGGAUGUUGCAAGAGCUACAUGAGGGAAUGCUGUGGCAAGCAUGGACACUCAAGGAUUGGUAAUUUCGUAGGUUUAUCAGAAAUUGUUACAGAAUAGGUGCAGCUGACUCCAACCAGCACAAGCAAGAGAGUCAGAGAAAAAAAGGUUGUUUAUGCAAAUUUAUGUUUAGCAGAUUAUCUUGAUAUAUGGAAGUAAUAAGAACUUUAAUUGGCUAUAUUAUAUUAUAUUAUAUAGGAAACAUCUUAAUCUUGCUCCAACUCUUGUAUAUAUGUUUUUAGAGUUGGUUGAUGUGAACACAAGAUUGAAAGAUACAAUGACACCAUUGUGGGAUGAAUUCAAGAUAGUUUAUUUUUAAUGUAAUCAUUGCUAUGUUAGUGAAUCUUGCUUUUGUUUAUUUUGGAGCUAAAGGUAUGACUUAUGAGCAAUUGGGUCUUUUUGUUUCCUA